AUUCCUACCAAAUUUUGGCGAAGUUAUUUUCUUCCCCUCUUCUUAUAAAUGCUUUGCAACUAAUACCAGUACCGGUCUCCCCACUUAAUCUUAUCCUCUUCCCCCCUCCCUAUAAAUAAACUCUGCCCAACUUAUUUUCCUCCCUACUAAAUCGCAACGUUGUGUUUCUUUUUUCUUUUUUCUGGUGAGGAUGUCGGGUGCCAAGACAAUCGUGGAGGUGUGUUCAAAACUGACGGUCGUCUCCGACACCCCCACUCGGCCGGGGAAGACAUUUUCACUGUCCCUGCUCGACCAUACCAUGGGCCUUCACACCCUUCACAUUGUGUUCUACUACCGCCACAAAUGGUCCAACUCCGACGAUCUCGGUCGGCUCAGGGAGUCCUUAGCAGACGUCCUGAAUUAUUACCCGCCGAUCACGGGGCGGUUUCAGAAAGGGGAGGACGGGAACUGGGUGGUGGCGUGCAACGACGCCGGAGUUAGAAUCCUGAAGUCGAAUGUCCAUACUACGCUCGACGAUUGGCUGAAAUCUGCAGAGGGGUCCGAGGAGAGAGAUCUGACGGUCUGGGAGGAUAUGCCCGAAGAUCCAACCCUCUGGUCACCAUUCCGUAUUCAGCUGAAUGAAUUUGAAGGGGAAGGCAUGGCAAUCGGGCUAAGUUGUUCGCACAUGCAUGCAGACCCAACCUGUGCUACCAUAUUCUUCAAGUCGUGGACGGAGACUUACCGACGUGAUGCCAUCAAACACUCCCCAUUCUUCCACCCACCUGGACUCCGGGGCCGACCUAGCCCCAACACAAACACCGAGUCUGCCAAGUAUUAUGCAGCCAAAUCAAAGGCCGAACCCCCCUCCCCUGUUAAAAUGUCCACCGCCACCUUCCGGUUCUCAGAAGCAGCAAUUCAAAAAUGUCUCUCGGAGGUCCAAAACCAAUGCCCUGAUGCUACUCCCUUCGAUGUUCUCGCGGCACUCUUCUGGACAUCCGCAGUACGCGCCAAGACAGCUCCAGAGGCCAUUCCUGAGCAGAAACGCAGCCUCUCCAUUUGUAUCGACAUUAGGAAACUCAUGCACGCCCCACUCCCCCAUGGUUACUUUGGCAAUGCUCUCUAUUUUUCCUUGGUUUCAUCGGAGGCGGGGAAGAUGGAUGAAGGGGGUUUAGCUUAUGUGGCUGGGCUCGUACGAAGCCAUAUGUCGAGCCUAAAGGAAGAGGAUUUCUGGUCAGCCAUAGAUUGGAUCGAAUCGCAGAAGGAGGGCGGCAAGUUUGCACCAGCUUGGAGGAUGUAUGGUCCAGAGCUAACAUGUGCCAACAUGGAGCACCUGUUUUCUUACUCUGCAAUGUUAGAGGAGUUGAAGCCUGUGCACGUCUCAUAUCAUAUAGGGAAUGUAGAGGGUGAAGGGUUGAUUUUGGUGCUCCCAUCACCGGAAGAGGGGCUUGGACGGACGGUUAUGGUAACUUUGCCGGAGGAUCAGACAGUUCAGCUAUGCAAGGAUCCAGCUAUUUUGUCCCUACAGCCCACUAUGCUUCUCUGUGGGAAGAGCAAUAGUUUCUCUCUCUCUUCAUAAAUUUGGGAUAUGGAGUAGUUAGUGCCAGUUUAUUUUUUUUUCAGGUAAAAGAGUGGUGACUAAAUUAUAUUGUGGGUAAAGUUGUACAAGGUAGCAUAUUCACGGUAGAAUGAAUUUGAUAUUUAUAAGCAUUUUAAGUUAAAAGAUGAAUUAAAGUGUUCUUAGUUCUAG